AUGCGUGCAUUGCCAAUAGAUUGCCAAAAGAACACUGCAGUUUGCCUGGAAGAAAUAAUGAAGGAACUCACCCAAGUUCGAUUUGAGGUUAACAUUCUCGCAAAGAACAGAACAUCGUUGAGAUGUAAGUAAGAUAUCCUUCGUUUACUCGUAUUUAUCAUUCCAUCUUCUCUAAAUCGUUACUUAUAUUACGGGAGACUAAUUCUGCAGAAUGGUGAAUCCAAUUUAUGUUUCAAGGGAGUAACUUUGCAAUUCUAAAAUAUACAGUUUUCUCUUCGUAGUUCUUAUCCUUUGCAAUACUCUUUUAAAAAGCAAUGUAGCUAAACAUGGAAAGGAAAAAAAGAAAAGGAUAACACUUUGAAAUGCUUGCAGUAACUUCCUCAGAAAGAGGCAACAAACGGUCUAUUAGAAUAAGAAACAGUAUAUUGUUCGGUUUGGAGCCGAUUCGGGGGGGAGGAACCGAGGAAUGAAGGUGUUCGUUCCAGAAUGUGUACGACAGUAUUGCCUCUGUGUGUUUGACAAACGUGAAUAAUAUAUAGAUAUAUAUAUAUAUAUAUAUAUAUAUAUAUAUUUUUUAUUUUUUUUUUUAUUUUUUUUUAUUUUUUUAUGUCCGUUCUAUUUUUGUCCUUUAUUGUCGUUUUUAUCCUCAUUAAUUUGUUUUAUACGUAAUCAAAAUUAACGAGAGUUGGAGGCUAAAGUUAAUAAGUGCGUGUCAACUAUUUUACGAUCAUAUUGUAGAUGAAAAAUCGCCCAAUUUUUCUCGUCUUUUGUGUCUGAGAUCCAUGAUUAUGACACUAUAAGUAUAUAGUUGCAGCACCCGAACACUUGCACCUUCAGAAUAAAUAUAAGCUAAGGAGAUUCCGUGCAACAGUUAUCGAAUGCUACUAUUGAAAUGAUAUUCCUACAUCAGUGCGGGAGAAGCCCACUAGAAAACAUUUUUUAAAGAGCAGUUUUUAUGUAUUACUUUUCUUAGUAUUUAUUAACGUCUUCCUUUCACUAUGGACUAUUGAUAUAUUUGUUGUUAAAAGUGUGAUUCCUAUUCCCUCUCAUAUAUCAAUCGCUUUUCUUCUAUUGUAUGAAAAAAAAUGUUAUUUGGCGUAAAGCUCAUCUAAUUAGCUUGCUUUAUUAUGCCUAUCUCCAAUUUUCUUCUAUUUUGUUGUAAUUAAUCAAAGGUUGUGAUUGUUGAAGUGAAGGGAAGAAUGAUAGAACAAAUAAUACAGAUUAUAAUGAGUGGAUCAAGUAGCACUUCUUUCGCUUAUAAUCAGUGUUCGUCUACAAAGUACGAUAAUAAACUUUCAUGUUCAUACCAUUUUAUUUUACACGACAAAUAAGAUAAAAGAUUUACGAAAAAUGUAGGUUCCGUCUUUUUCUUUCCAAGAUAUAAAUUUUUUAUACAUUUUUCGUCAGGUGCAAAUCUAUACCCACCCUCGUUUUAGACAUUCUCGCGCCAUCGGACACGUUUAUUUUAUCUUCAAUAGCUAAGAACUGCGCUGAGCUGUACAAAUCUGGUCAAAGGGUCAGCGGUGUUUACACAAUCGACCCGGAUGGUUCAGGCGCCUUUAAUGUAUACUGUGACCAAACUACAACCGGUGGGGGAUGGACGGUGAUCCAGAAGAGAAUGGAUGGCUCUGUCGAUUUUAACCGCACCUGGGAUGACUACAAGCAUGGCUUCGGUAACUUGGUCGGUGAAUUUUGGCUCGGACUGGACAAAAUAAACCGCCUGACACGAAACAAGACAAAGAACAAGCUUCGAGUAGAUCUUGGAGUAAAAACUGGCAAGACUGUUUACUCUGAGUAUGGCUGGUUUGGGAUUGGGACCGAGACAGCUAAGUACUGGCUAGACCUUGGCAAAAUUAUAGGUAAGUAGACCGUUUUUUUAGCAUUCAUCGCUCGAUCUUUAUACGUUACUUCUCUCUCAUCAAAAUCUCGAUCUAAAACUCCACGUAGUCGACUAAUGGUAUUAUUAAGUAGCAGGGUAGCCCUGAGGUAGACUCGCAUGUUCUGAUUGGUUCUUACUCGGUCGAGAGUUUGGUCCGAGUGCCACAUAACAAACUUCUUACUAAACUUAUUUUAUUUAUUUGUUUAUUUUUUUAUUUAUUUUCUUUUUUUUUUUUUUAACGGAAAACAACCACUUUUAAAUUGCAAAGACACUAUACGAACCCUUGAAUUAUGCGGAUUUCUUUUGUUCUGUUUUGAAACAGAUGCGACUGUUUCCAAUGAUUCACUCGGUCCUCAUAAAGGUUUCGUUUUUGGUACCUGGGAUAAGGUUCCUGCUGGUUGUGCUCAACAAAUAGGAGGAGGCUGGUGGUAUGACAGCAGUAUUACCCAAUGUGCUGUUUCGUCAAAUCUUAAUGGUAUUUAUCCACGUUGUGGAAAAGAAACCUUGGCCGCUAUCCACUGGGGAUACUUAGGGAGAAGUGCCAAGAGAAGCGCUCCAACAUCAACUGAAAUGAAAAUAAAACCAGUGGAAUUUAUGCGCGUGGCUUGAAUUCUACUUAAAUGAAAUGUGCAUCUACUGUUUGCAAAAAUCAAGAAGUGUUUUGUGUGACAACAAAACACCGAUUACUUUUUUCAAUCUCUUUACCUCAAGACUUAUAGAUUUUUAGAAUGCAAAUUAGAUUAAUGACAGCAUCAUAGACUCGACUACACUUUUGUUGUAAAGAAAAUAUAUCGUAAUCAGUUGGUAUCAGAAAUGUUUUAUUAUUUGCAGACUUUAUGGGAUUUGUUUAGAAUAAUGCGAUUAAAAUGUCACCAAACAUAAUUUUGGGAAAAACAUAUUUUCAUAACACCGAAAUUAAUUCAGAAAAAUUCUGUAUACUGUGGAACACUAUAUGCCAUAAGAUAGAGUUUAUAUAUGUUUUGUUAUUAAUACAAUAUUUUUUAUAUUUUCUAAGGAUUCUUCAACUUUGCUAUUUCAGUGC